UGCCUGCUUCCUCCGGAGGGCUGAAUUACAUGCGCAGUCCUGCCGUGAAUCACUCAUCACCACGGCAACCGGCGUUCACACCGACAGUGCGGUCCUGUACCGAGCACGGACGACCGGAGGAGAGCACAGAGAACACGGAUCCUUGAUUUGAGCUGCAAAAGUACGGCGGUCACGUUUGGUUCCCCAGCACGCAGUGUGAGUCAGUCUGACCCUCAGCUGUCCGUCCCUGCUCUGCAGAUCUGUUCAGACACUUUCAGGCAGCAAUGGUGAAGCUGGGCAGCAAUCUGUCGGACAAGCUGGAGAAACAGCCGUCGGCGGACGAUGGCUUUGACAAUGUUCCUCUCAUCACACCCUUGGAGGUCAACCAUCUCCAACAGUCGUUCGCAGACAAGGUCAUUGUGAAGACGUCAACACAUUAUCAGCUGCAGCAGCAGAAGAAGAAGAAGCUGUAUGUGCCGAGCAUCAAGAGGCUGAAUAUCAACUUCUACAGCGAUGUUUCAGAUAAAGCAAAGAUCACAGGUCUGAUCCUCAUCACUUUGGCCUUCCUGACCAGCCUGCUCCUCCUCCUCAUGUACAAAGCCAUGUGGUACGACCAACUCACCUGCCCAGAGGGUUUCAUCCUGAAGAAGCACUGCACGCCGGCCGCUCUGGAGAUGUACUACACUGAGCAGCAGCAGGAGCAGCAGGAGCCGGGCAUCAUCCACGGUGGCCCCAACACCGGGCUGUACGCCGCCCUCAGUCACCUCAACCAGAUGAAGAGGGCGGGGCCUGAGCUGCCUCCGCCGUGGUUACCUGUCAUCAGCGCUCUGAAGGAGGCCGAGGCGGGCAAACAAGGCAGCGAGGCAGUGAAGAGAGCGCUGCAGGGAGAGGAGUGAAGGGCGGAUGGAUGUGCGGGUUUUAGAGUAGGGGACGUGUGUGUGUGUGUGUGUGUGGUAAAUCGUUGUGGUUGGAGGCAGGAAUGUUAUUAAAGUGUUGGUGAAUGUGCCUGACUUUUACAGUGUUGAUGAGACUAAACUCUGCCACCUUUACCACGUGUGUGUGUGUGUGUGUGUGUGUGUGUGUGUGUGUGUGUGUGUGUGUGUGUGUGUGUGUGUGUGUGUGUGUGUGUGUGUGUGUGUGUGUGUGUGUGUAAAUACUGCAGCCUGUUUAAGCCUUCAUACGUCUGAGCGCCUGUACUGUUGUUUUGUCUUCAACAAUGUCUGUAAAGUCGGAGGUGAGAGAAUGAAGAUUUCUCUUCAUCACGCUGUCUCGAUAUCUCCACGUCUAUUCAACAGCCUCAUGGGAUUGUAUUAAAAUGAACGUGCUCAUUAAGAUGAGGAAAUAUGACUGAACAUUUGGAGGUGACUCCACAUUUUACAAUCUCCAAUCUGCUCAUUUGGGUUAUGUGAAGUGUUCUUAGGGUCAGAGGAAAGAGUCUCGCUCUUCGACUCCACACAGUGUUAGCCACACGACCCGAAGCAUGUCGGCUCUCAUGGGAAGGCUUUGGAAACAGUUGAGCAGUCUAAACCAGUGAUUUUUAACCAUGGCCAGUGAGCACCACCUAGAGGGCCGAAAAAAAAAAUUCAGUUUUGGACCUAUGGGCUGCGAGGGUGAGUGGGCCGCACCUAUGGGACUGCAUAGGUUAUCAAUUGACCAGACAGAUAUUACUGUUAUCCAUGAGAUGUUCAGUUACAAUACCUCUUCCCACCACUUGGUGUCGGUAAUCCGUCAGUCAGUUGUGUAACAAGUUCCAAUAAGCAGAAGAAGACACUCAGCCAGCUGCUAGCUUGUAGUGAAAGUUCUAGAGAAGUAUUUGAAACGGAAAAAUUAAGACGAAAGUGGUGCCCAACGCCCCCAAAAGGCGUUUUUGCACAAGUAUAAUCCUGACUUCAUUAAGUAUGGCUUUGUGAAUGGAGGUAACAUAAUUUAAUUGAUCUAAUUUCCUAAUUUUCUCAUCAGUUUUUUUUGAGAGUCCCUCCUUUUUUGCUGUAGUAAAUCUAAUUAUUAGUUAUUUUUGUGUUAAUAAGCUUGAUCUGUUCCAUGAAUUGUUAGCCUGUUCAGCGUUUUGUUGUAUGUGCAGGUUUACAUACACAUGAUAAAUGAAAUCUUUGUGAUGA